UAAUUGCUUGCAUUUGCACAUUAUGUUUGAUCACAGUGGCAACCAUGGUACGCCAAUUAUCGAACUUACAGUACAUAUGGAAUUUGAAGAUGUAGCAGAGCCAUGUAUCAUAGAAACCGUAGUGGAGAAUAUUCUCUGCGACGAAGGAAAUGCUGCGGAGACACAGGAGAAGAAAAAUGAGGCUGACGAGAAAGAGCCCAGUGAGGCUGUCGCGCCGGAAAGUUCCGAGGUAGCCACAGUUUCUAGACCAGAAACUGUCUCUGAUGUUCAAAGCUCCAUAGCGGUGUUGGAAAUCUCUGAAAAUACGUCAAAGGAGCCUGAGCAACGUACAGAAGGAACGGUAGUUGAUACAGUUAUAGAUACUGCAGAUGUAUCUGAACCCAGUACUUCUACUCUUGACACUGCGCAGAGUAUUGCCGUCGAGCAGAUUACCGCAGAUCAGACUUCAAAAUCUGAAGAUGAUGCCGCGAAGAAGGAACUCAUCGAAAAUAUUCUCGCCAAACUUAAUGACCCGAAUGCAAAGCUGAAUAGACGUGAACGUCGAGCAUUGCAAAGGGAACUAGAAGAGGCUCAGGGAAUUCGAAAAGCACUCCCAGUUCAUAUUUCUGAAGAUGUCACAACUGCCUCUGCUGAUAAAACCGUUGUGGAAAUCAGCUGUAUCAGUACGCUACCUCGUCAAUUUGGAGGGAACAAGCGAUCUGCAAAUGCAGCUUUUGGAGAGGACAAACCCAUCAAAGUGCGAAAGACGGAGGUCAUUCUACCGAAGCAGGUUAUAGUCAAGGAGUCCUUAUUCAAAUUCGAUAACGUAGCAAUGGUACCGCACCAUAGUGUCACAGAAGAUUUUCACUGCAUUCGCAUGAAUUUUCCAUCAACAUCAUUUCCUAUCAACAACUAUUUGAAACUAUGUCGGUUUUCGCCGAAAGGUACUUCUGUGGCGACGACUUCGGCCGAUAAUUCAGCAAGGAUUUUUACUUUGGAUGAGGACCAGAGACUGUCAUUAGCUGUGAAGAUUCCCCUCGGAGAUCCAGUAUACGAUGCCACAUGGUUGCCUGAUGUAAGCGACUCACAGCUUCUAGCAACCACUGCCAAACACCAUCCGAUCCAUCUGUGGAAUGAAGAAGGUGCAAGAAUCUCGUCCUACAGGGGAAUCAAUCAUUUGGACGAAUUGACUGCCGCUUACUCGAUUGCAUUCUCCAAUGAUGGCUCGCAAUUGUAUGCUGGUUAUGAUGCGUGUAUUCGAAUAUGGAAUUGUGAUCGACCAGGACGCCAGCGUACCACGAUCCAAACCUGGGAUAAGCAUAAUGGCGGCCAGAAGUCGGUGGUCUCGUGCAUAGCCAUGAAUAAAUUUUUCGCUGGAGUGUAUGCUGUGGCAACUUAUGAUGGCACAGUUGGAUUCUAUUCUGACCGAACAAAUUCGUUGGAAUGUAUGUUCACCACAGAAAACUCGGGUAUUACGGACAUGCACUAUUCAAGCGACGGUCAACGUCUUUUUGUGGCUCCCCGCAAGUGCGACGAGUUGCUUUGUUACGAUAUGAGGAUGCCAGGUACUCUUAUGUACAAAAUGCUCCGGCCAUUUUCAACUAAUCAAAAGGCAUGCUUUGAUCUGGACAGUGCCAAUCGUUAUUUGUUCUCUGGCACUUCUGAUGGUCAUCUAGUAGCCUUCGAUCUCAAUGACGACUACACUGAGAAGUUACCCAUCUUCUCCAGAAAAGUGGCUGAUUGUUCAGUACCUUGUGUGAGCAUUUUCGAUGAAAAAGUGCCAGUGGUAGCAUUAGGCACUGGAGAACGAGUAUUUCCAACGCCAAGGAUAACAUCAGCAGGAACGUCUUCAGACUCUUCCGACUCCGAAGAAGAUAAGUCUUCGUACAGGAGGAGGCGGUGUGCCAGCCAACUGAACAACUCACUGCAGCUGUGGACGUUUUGAUGCUACGCAUGCAGUCUUUAGAAUAAAUUUGAAAAAUUGAAAGCUUGUGUUAUGCACCUAGGGUUAGAUAAGACCUAUUAGAUUGGUUAAUAAAUAUCGAAUUGUCCCAAAAGUAAACUUCUUUUUGAAAUAAAUCAAGC